AUGGUGCAAGGAAAGACAAAGAAGCGAUAUUUGCGACCAACGGUGCAAUCAAGUAGUUUGCGAUCCUACGAUCUGACUUUGCUUCGUGCCGAUGAUCGGGUUGAAAGCGAUGAGAAAGGACCGAUGACCUUCUUGUGGAAAAGUGGAAAAAUUGGUGAAAGAGUUACUAUCGGAAAAGGGAACUUUCGUUAUUCGACUGAGAAUCAGGAAAUCUUGGCUUGCAUUGAGAUCGAUGUCUGGAAUUUUGUCAACGAGAGCUUCAAUGAUGUCGGUGUGUUGCCAGUUUCAUCGAAGCUACAGAUUAUGUGA